UGGACGUUUGUUUGUGCCGGGGCGGGGGUCUGUCCACACCCGCGGUGAGCCCCGCGCCGCUUGUUUGGACGGAAGGCGGAAAGACUGAGAGGAGGACGCACCUCGGCCCCUUUGUAGGACUUGGGGGAGGGUCGGCUGAGCCCGCGGGACGCUCCCUGCCCCCGGCGCGGCCCUGCUCUCCCCACGGUCCAAUGGCGCCGCCGCUGGACCCCGUGCAGGUGUUGGUGACCUUCAAGGAUGUGGCGGUGACCUUUACCCAGGAAGAGUGGGGACAGCUUGACCUGCAUCAGAGGACCCUGUACCAGGAGGUGAUGCUGGAGACCUGCAGGCUCCUGGUCUCACUGGGGCAUCCAGUUCCCACACCAGAGUUUUUCCCCCUGCUGGAGCACAGGCAGGAGCUAUGGACGCUCUGGAGGCUGCAAGUCCAAGAUCAAGGUGUCAGAAGCAUUGGGUUCUACCAAGGCCUCUCAGCUUGGCUUCUACAACAAGAUGGUUUCUUCUUGCUGAUGUCAUUGCGGUCAUCCCAACUGCCCAGUGGAACGAUGAGAAUAAUAACAUGUGACACAACAAAACUUCAGACCAGAGAGCCAAGCACAUCUCAGCUGGUUUUGCCUGAGGGAGACUUGCUCCAGGGAAGCCUGACUGAGGGAUCUUCAAGGGACUCCAGGUUGGGACAAGCCAGGGAUGAGGAAGGGCUUCUGGAAAUGCAGAAAGGUCAAUGGAGGCCAGCAACAGAGCCCCACAAAGAGACCCAUCCUGGGGAAAUAAGCCUUGAAGAUAGUCAUUUGGGGACACAUGAUAGUCUGCAUUCCAGGGUGUUACAGGAGAGAGUCCCUCAGGGAGAUGUCCUCCAUGAACGUGACCCACAGGGACCAGAAAAAGGCCCCACGAUUCAUGCUGGAAGUAACCUGUACAAAUGCAAGCAAUGUGGGAAAGGGUUUAACAGGAAGUGGUACCUUGUUCGACAUCAGCGGGUUCACACUGGCAUGAAGCCCUAUGAAUGCAAUGCGUGUGGGAAGGCCUUUAGCCAGAGCUCAACCCUCAUUCGGCACUACCUCAUUCACACCGGGGAAAAACCAUACCAGUGCAUGGAGUGUGGGAAGGCCUUCAAACGCAGGUCCUACCUCCUGCAGCACCGUCCAAUUCACACUGGGGAGAGGCCCUACGAGUGCAGUCAGUGUGGGAAGGCCUUCACCCACCGCUCUACUUUCAUUCGGCACAGUAGGACCCACACUGGAGAAAAACCCUUUGAGUGCAAAGACUGUGAGAAAUCAUUUAGCAAUAGGGCACACCUAAUUCAACAUUCCAUCAUCCACACUGGAGAGAAGCCCUAUGAGUGCAGUGAGUGCAGAAAGGCCUUCAGAUGCAGCUCAGAACUCAUGCAGCACCAGCGGGUUCACACUGGGGAAAAGCCCUAUGAGUGCACCCAGUGUGGCAAGGCCUUUCACCGGAGCACCUACCUCCUUCAGCACUCUGUCAUCCACACUGGGGAGACACCGUACAAGUGCCUCGAGUGUGGGAAGGCCUUCAAACGCAGGUCACACCUCCUGCAGCACCAGCGGGUUCACAAUUGAGAGCCUGCGAGCACCUGACUGUGGUAAGGCCUUCACCCACUGCUCGUCUUGUCUUGCAGAAGGGGAUCCACACUGGAGGAGAAAACCCAUUCCGUGCAAAGAAUGUUGGAAAGGUUUUUUUGGUCAGCUCUUCAGACACAUGAGUAGUCACAUUGGAGAGAAGCCCUGUAAUGCAGUGAAUGUAAGAAGCCUUCAGCUGCUGCUCCGCCCUCCCUCGCCAUCAAAGGAUUUGUACCAGAGAGAAAUGUGCGAAGGUGUGUCACCAGUGUGUCCAUCUCUGUCAACAUCAGAGAACAUACAGGCAAGACAUUCUGAAUAUAACUACUGAGGACAGUCUUUAGCCAGAAGAAAAAAUCUUACUUGCCAUCUGAGAAUUCAUAAUGAAGAGGAACACGUAAUUGUCAUGGUUGUGAGAAAACCUUCCGUGACAGCUCUUAUCAUGUGGGGUCAUACUGGGACUAGAAGUAGCUCGGGCUUUCCCGUACCUGUGAGAAAGCGUAGAGGAGGCUGGCCCAGCAGCUCCUGUGCACUUACCGCCACCUUCAGCCACAGGUCCCCCUUUGGUUUAUGCUUAGAAAGCCAUCUCAGGAUUAUUUCAGAAAGAAAAGUAAAAAGGAGAAGGAGGAGAUGGAGACGGAGACUAUAAACGGAAAGACAAAUGCCUUCACAAACCCUUUCGGACUCCCUGCCGGGCCUCUUGCAGUGUCUCAUCAGUUCUAAUUUUCGGUGGGGGAAUAUUUGAGAGGUAAAGGAUCUCAGCCCUUCUACUUGUUUCUUAUAUGUAUUCACUGCUGUCUUGUCAGGGAGGCUGGACAGUGAGGGCAGCUCUACAAAUGUUUGUGGGGAGCCUUUCUUCCAAACAUCUCCACCCAUGAGGAGCAUAAUUCUUUGUGGGAAACGUGAAGGCUUGAGUCAUGAGAUACUUGAACUUGUUAGAUGUUAGAAAACUGAAAUAACAUCACCUAACACUUAUCUUCUAUUUUAUAUCUAAGGAGAGAAGUCACAUACAGAUUGCCAUGUUAAAAUGUGCACCCCUUACAACUGGUUAAGGCUUUGAGUUUUAGACGUAAACUCUGCUCGUGUGGUAUUAAAUGCCCAACAUACUCUCACUUUUUCUUGAUUCCAUUCUACUUGUUUAUUUCCUUUCUUUUCUCAGACAGCAUGGUGAUAAUCUUGUACUUGUGAGGCCUCAGGUGAGUCCUAAUUCUUUCCUCUUCCUGGUGUUUCCCAGGUUCUUUAAUCCCGUGUGGAGGACUGGGCAUUUCCACACCCCCUCUGCUGUUUUCUAGGGGUUGACUUACAACUAAAACCAGUAAAAUGAAACACAGAGCUGAGGUAAAUUCAUGAUAAACUCAGAAAAAAAAAGUCAGAGGAUUCUCAUUGUCUGAUCUUAUAAACGUUUGUGUAGAGUUUUGUUACAAAAUAAAGUGCCAGGGAUUUUAGCAGGAGACUCUGGAUGUGUACAUGCCAGUGUCCGGUUUGUCUGGUUUUCACACUUGCCACCAUGGUCUUAUUCUCUUGGUGCUGGCAUUGGAUGUGUUCAUUUGAAAUUCGUCCAGAGGGAUUUUCUUUGAGACUAGUUGUGAAGUUACACAAGAUAAUCAGUAUUAACUCAGGUGAAAAAAUUUAUUGUACAGAAAAAUAUACAUUUCGUCACUAGAGUCUUCCUUGGAGCCUUUUAAAAGACCUCAUACAAGCUUCACACUUGCAGAGUGGGUAUGUGCCUUUUUUGUGGUGCAUAUACUGUGACUGCACUUCUUGAUGAGUUAAUAAGAACUCUAUUUUUCUGUUUGUUUUCAGGAUAGUGUGCAGUUUCCUGUUUUUUGGGAAAGAGAGUUGACUCAUGAAGACCCCAGCCUCCUGCCUCCUCUCUCUCUCGAGGGUGGUAUAUUGUAGUUGUGGCUGUAAUUGUGACUGAGCCACUGGGUUCAAGAGUUGGAGAAACUCCUCCAGAAACAUCUUGGCUCUCAUCAAAGGGUUCUUUCCAUGCCUGGAACCCGGGCUCCAGUUUGUCCUAAAGCAGGAGUGAUGUGUUUUCCGCUGGAUGAAGGAAACCCCAGGGAUUGUUCCCUCAACUCCGAGCUCUUUCCAUCCAGUCUUCACUUACGUAUUCAGUGUGGUGACCUACAAUAUAUUUGCUGCUCUGGUCAGCAAAUCUCGUGAGACCUCCAUCCUUCAUCUACGUGAACACUCACUGUGCUGUGGGCACACUGGGCAGGGAGGCACUCAUGUGACUGACAUGGGUCCUGCCCUUGAGCAGGGAGGGAGCUCACUGUCGAGUGUAGGUGAGCAGAGUACGCUGAACUCUAGAGAGACAGAAGGAAGCUGAGCACACGGCUUUGCUGGAUUCUUAAAUCACCUUGAAGAUUCUGUCUCCAAAAUCAGAUUCUUCCCUAUUCUUGAGAGCACUCAGGGUGCUGAACCUGAAGGGAGGGCAGUGAGUGACUGAAGUUAGGAUGAGUAGCAGAGAGAUGCAAAGGGAGAAGAAAGUUAAGGUGACAUUUAUUCAGUGCUCCAAGAAAUAAUUUUUGUCUGUCAUAUGUGGGUCUGGUACUUUAAUAGAUCUGUGAGAUGCACAUACACAAAACAUAAAAGUGAUUUUGCCCACAGAGAACUUACAUUCUGACUGAAGGAAACAGCCAAUUAACAAUGGCCCUAAGUUAUGAAGUUGCAUAGUAUGUCAGAAGGAGAUGGAUUCUAUGGAAAAGUGAAAACAGCAGGUCCCGGGUGAGGAAAAUCACAGCGGCAGGGAUGAAUUACAACAUUACCAGACUUCACAUUAGGACUGACGAGGAUGCGGCUAUUUUAGCACACACUGUAGAGGUGAGAGAAGACAGUUCAUUUCCUCCUUUCUAACGUGUACGUAUUUUCUUGUCAUAGAGCACUAAAGAGUCCCUGUGAAGUAAUGUUGAAGGACAGUGGAGAUACCAAUUUUUCUUUUGUCUCUGAUCUUUGAGGAAAUAACAUGAUAUAUAAGGCAUGUGCUGUAUAAUUUUUUGGCAGACUUUUUAGAUGUUUAAGGAAAAUCCAUUCUGUACUUUAUUCAAAAAGAAAUGCCAAGAAUUGGUGAUUUAGCAUCAAAUUAUGUUUUAUGCAUCUUCUGAGUUGAUUGUAUGAUAGAUAGCAUUUUCUAUGAAGUGAUGAAAUACACGUAUUGAUUUUUCAUUUUUAUAUUUUUCAUAUAGUUUGAAACUUACAGAAGUUGCAAGAAUAUUACAAGAUAUUCUUGUAUAAAUUUUACCCAGAUUUAACAAUUGUUUUGCACCUUUUCAUUUAUCAUUCUCUCCCCCCACAUACGUGUGUGUGUGUGUGUAUUUCUAAGCAAUUGGAGUUAAAUUUCAAAAUACUUUUCCUCUGUACUAGUGAAUACUUCAGUGCAUGUUUCCUAAGGGCACAUUUUAUAUUAUUGGAGUAGUAUCAUAAUCAGGAAAUUCAGCGUUGGUAAUUACUAUUCUUUCAUCAACAGUCCAUAUUCAGAUGUCAUCAUUCACGCUAAUAUUGUCCCUUAGUAUUCCCAUGGUUCCUGACCAAAUCUAGAACUGCAUAUUGCAUGUAGUUAUCAUCACCCCUUACACUCCUUUAAUGAAGCAGUUCAUCAGCCUUUCAUGAAGGUCCUUGGACUUGACAGUUUUCACAAAGACAGCUCAUUUAUUUUGUAAAAUCUGUUUCUUUGAUGUUUCCUAAUGAUAUUUUUCUUUUGCAUUGUUUUACAAUGAAAUCAUAGAAGUGACAUUAUGUCUUUCACAGCACAUCAUAUCAGGAGGCACACGAUGUCCAUGUUUACCAAUUAUUAACUUUAGUGACUCCUGUAGGUUUGUGUUCUUGACUUCAAAAUUACUGUUUCCCUUUAUAUUUAGUAAAUAAUUAUUCAGAAAAUAUUCGAAACCGUGUCAAUGUACCGAUCCGCAGCAAUACUUCCUCCCUUGGUUUAAGCCACCACUCAUGAUUUUCAGAUUCCAACAGUCUUCCACAUUUAUUUGUUGUCAUUCGACCUUGGAAGUAAGCUUUCCCAAAGAAAUGUCUUUUCAUUAAUUUGUAUCAGUGUGGGCCAACGGAUCCUUAAGUGUUUAAGUGGGUUAUAACCGACCACUGUCAUUUAUUUUGAUGCUCAAAUUUUCCUAGAUUGACUCCAUGAGAGUUCCUUCAAGCUGGCUUCUUUGUCCCCUUUCCAUAUCGCCAUCACAUUUUAGGCACUUCUUUGUGGUACAAAAGAUACUCCAGUUUCAUCUUGUAACUUUCCUUGCCCUGCCAGAAAUCAGUCUUUUCUCCAAGUAGUUUUUCUUCUUUGUGGUAGAGAAAGGUAUUGAGAAAUCAAGAGCUGGGUAUUGGAAGAUACUUAAGGACACGGGUGAACCAUUGCUUCCAGGCUGCUUCUGACUACACUGAAUCUGCCUUCAUAAACACUACCUGUGUCAUGGCAAACUAAAAACCAUUAACGUUUAGGAAAUGAUUUAAACUUUUUAAAAGUAAAAUGUCUAUUCAGAGGAAUACACAGAUAUACUCAGGAGAAUACGUAAGUACAAUCUGAUGACUGACAAAUGCCUUUAUCCAUGAAACAACUUCCCAAACUAUACAACGAUUCCAUGAUGCCAGAAAAUGCCCACUUGCCUGAUUCAGUAAAUCUCAGAGCUCAUCACUUUUCUGAUUUUUUUCAGUGCAGUUGUUUGCCUGUUGUCUCAUUGGUAUCUAAGUUUUACCUGCCCUGAGUUUUAUAGAAGUAUUUAAUUGGAAAUAUUAAACAUAUCAAGAUUUUUACUUUUUCUGGAUUUUUAAAAUAAUUAUCCAGGCAUAACAAAAUUAUGCUCCUAGGAUUUUUUAAUAUUAGUUUUAGCUUUACAUUUAUUCUUAGAGCAGCUCAAGUCUGUCGGUCUACGUGGUGUUUUCUAUGAAUCCAAAUAAAUGGGACUAUUUGGUGCUAGUUACCAUCCUAGGAUAUCACUUUGUGAUAUCCAGUGACUAAGAACACCCCACCCUCACAGAGCUUGUAGUGGAGCCAAAGUAGGGAAUUAUGUAUACAAUAUGCAAAGAUUACUUAAUAUACACAUGCUGUAUUCCUCAGUGAAGAAGUUCAAGGUCCCUUGUGAGUGUAUAGUGUAUGAAAACCAUCAAAUUUGUGAACGUAAGUAAAAUGUCACCAUUUUAUACAUAAGUAAAAUAUUUAGUGUUACACAGGGCCUUUUAAUAGUUUUAAUAUUUUUUUCUAAACCUAGAUGGAUGAGGAUGCAUCUAUCAGGGAAAAUCAUCUGGAAUGGCCCAUGUCGGGAAUGCACAUGCAGCCUUAGUGAACAAAGAAAACUCCCCAAAACUCUAGUGUUUGCAGUUGAUUACUGUACAUCAGACAAGAAUUCUAACCUUUGUCCCAACAAUAGUGCAGGUCAAUGAAGGGCUUC